AUGUCUUCAUUAAACGAAAGUAAAGAGAAAUGUCAGUGUUGUACCUGUACACCAUGUCCAAAGUCAAUUAGCUGUUGCAACAAAGUAUCUGACACGUGUUUUAAAGAAUUUGUGCCUUUACCAAAAGGUCUUAAGAAAGAUGAUUUAAAGUUGGAUGUUCAAAAGAAUUCAUAUAAAAUAUGUGGUCGUUCUACAAUACAUUGCGGGGAAGAUGAAUGCAUUAUUCAUUCAGUCGAAUUUGAAAGAAGAUUUAAAAAGCCUAUUAAAGAUGCUGUCAUAAAAGAAGAAUGUGGUCAUCCAUAUGUUGAAGGAAAAUUUGAAUAA